AUGCUCAAUAAUCUUUCACCAAAAACGAACUUAUCUACAUCUGUUAACAUUGAUAUUCCACCUUUAACACAGCUUGAACCAUGUCGUGCACUUCGAAUUAUUGGCUUUUAUUUUGUUAUUAUUUUCGUAGCAGGUACACUUUUAAAUGGUUCUCUGCUUUUUACAUUAGCACGAAACCGACGAUUACGUCGACUAUCUACAAAUAUACUUAUUGGUGGUUUAUUAUUUGCGGAUUUCAUCGGAUCAUGUCUUGAAGUGCCACUUCCAGCUUUGUCAUUGAUUCGUUGCAGAUGGAUUUUUAAUAAGAUUACUUGUACAUUUGAAGGUUUCAUUAGCUAUUUUAUCGGCUGUUCGAAUAUUUACAUUCUUUGUUUGAUUUCAAUCGAUAGAUAUAAUAUCGUAACUAGGCCCGUUAAUCAAUCUAUGAAAAUGAAUUAUCGAGCUUAUCUAUCUAUUGGUUGUGCAUAUAUGUUAUCAUUAUUUUGGACAUCAAUGCCACUAUUUGGAUGGUCCUUCUAUGAUUAUGAGGGUAUCGGAGUAUCGUGUAGUAUCAAAUGGACAGAAAGAUCCGUUAAUGUAAUCAGUUAUAAUAUCAGUAUUCUUAUCUUCGUUUAUUUUGCACCUGUGAUAAUUAUACUAGUAGCAAAUUUGAAAAUAUAUCAAUUAAUUCGAAUUCGUCGACAACCUAAUACAGCGAAUCUUCAUCAAUCUUUUAUUCGCCGUCGACAUGCCAUCGAACGUCGUAUUCUGACAACACUCACUCUUGUCAUAGGAGGAUUUCUUGUUGCUUGGACACCAUAUGCAAUACUUAUUCUUAUACAAGUAUUUAUUAACAUAGCUCAUAUUCCACCUAUCAUGAUUACAAUCCCGGCUUUAAUUGCUAAAACAAGUUUCAUAUGGAAUCCAUUGAUAUUGACAGUGCGCAAUGAAGAUUUUCGUCGACAUCUACCAAAGCUUACCUAUUAUAAUCAGCGUUCAGACUCAAACAGAGACACACGUGUAAUGCAAGCUUAUGUUUAUCAAGAAUCAACGAUUCAAUAG